AUGGAGGAUUUCAAAGCAGCAAAUUUUUCGAAAAAUCCUAAUGCAAACUCGGGCGAAAGGGUGACAGCAAGGACGUCUUGGGUUGCACCUCCUCGGGGAUGGCUUAAGGCUAACUGGGACGCUGCUUUAAAUCGUCCGAAAGGAGUGAUGGGAUUGGGUAUUGUAGUAAGAGAUAGUGAAGGAAGGGUAAGGGCAGCAAGGAGCAAUACCAGGCGGGGUCUUCUUGAUCCUACUGUUGCAGAGGCCGUGGCAGCUUAUCAAGCAGUGCUUUUUUGCAAUGAACUGGGUUAUACACAUAUAAUACUAGAAGGUGAUGCCAAAAAUAUUGUGGAUGUUGUGAAAGAUAAUGGCUGCAACAGAAGUAGGAUGGGCCAAAUGAUUGAUGAUAUUCGUACAACCCUCUGUUAUCUUACUGAUUGGAAAAUUGAAUAUGUGAGUCGUAGAAACAAUAGUGCGGCACAUAGGUUGGCUAAGGAAGCAACCACCGAUAUCAUAGAUAGGAAUUGGUUGGAGAAAACUCCCGAAUGUAUCUGUGAUAUAAUUUUGAUGGAGAAAUCUUCUUCAUCUGUUAUUUGA